AAAGCAUCGCGUGUACGAACAGGCAGAGAGCCUCCGAGAUCCGAGUCUGCGUCGGCAGCAGAGCCCCUGCUGGAGCCGUGGAAGUAGAAUCGCGAAGGCUGUCUGUAUUAAAGACGCAUUUCAUUGCAGCAACGCGGUAGUAAAAGUCUGAACCCCAGGGGUUGUACUUAAUAGCAAGCACUUGGACUUGGCGUCUGCCUGGGCAUUCCGAUACUAUACGGUGCAUUUCAUGCGCAGAAGUGCGGAAUUGGACGGGUGCCUAGCUGCGCGAUAUGAUAUGAUUCAGUCGCCGAUGGGAGGUAUUGUUGAAGUAAGGCGAGCAGCCCUUGUCAUCCAGCGUAUCGGUGUGGGCGUGUGAAGGCAGCGUGGUCGGUAAUCACCGCAUCCCGCACAUAAUCCGUUUUCUGAUGGGGCACAGACGGGGCUCCCCGGGGAGUCGGGCCGAACUAAAGACCCGUUUCUAAUCGCGAUUUUUGCGAUACAAGAACCAGAAGCGCACCAAAUGCCAAACAGUCUGAAAGUACACUAUGGAUUUCGACAAACUGGCGACGUUGUGGAUUCUGUGUCUGUGCCUCGCGGGGAAGUGUCUCGCGGACAAGCCGGGUCAAGUGCACGCGGACCAGCAGCAUGUUGAUGAAGGCCUGUCAGAGCUGUGUCGGUUCGAGGAGGCGCUCUGCCAGGACGAGAACGCCAUGCUCAGCUUCGAGGCCCUCCGCAGCAUCCACAUGCAGAUGGACGACGAUGCCAACGGCAACGUGGACGUGUCCGAAACCGACGUGUUCCUCAGGGAGGAUCUGCACGACCACAACCCCAAGGCCAAGCACAACAGCUUCCACCGGGCAGACCUGCUGAUCAGCGUGGAGGACAUGUGGAACACCUGGAGGAGCUCCGAGGUGUACAACUGGACGGUGGAAGAGGUGGUGGAGUGGCUGACUGGCUGUGUGGAGCUGCCGCAGUAUGAGGACGCCAUCAAGAAGACGGGCAUCAAUGGGAGCGCCAUGCCCAGGCUGGCGGUGAAGAACACCACCCUCACCAUGUCCAUCUUAAAGAUCCUGGACCGGAGCCAUGCCCAGAAGCUCCAGCUUAAAGCUCUGGACACAGUUCUGUUUGGACCCUCUCUGAAGAACAGGCACAGCCACCUGAAGGACUUCCUGCUGGUGGUCUCCAUCGUGGUGGCGGUUGGCGGCUGCUGGUUCGCCUACAUGCAGAACCGCCACUCCCGGGACCACAUGGCCCAGAUGAUGAAGGACCUGGAGUGGCUGCAGAGGGCGGAGCAGAGCCUCCACGACCUGCAGCAGAAGCUGCAGCAGGCUCAGGAGGAGCACCGCUCGGUGGAGGUGGAGAAGGUGACCCUGGAGCAGCAGCUCCGGGACGAGAUAAACGCCGCCAAGCAGGAGGCGCAGCGGCUCAGGGAGCUGCGCGAGGGCACCGAGAACGAGCUCAGCCGGCAGAAAUACGCAGAGGAAGAGCUGGAGCAGGUGCGCAUGGCCCUGAAGAAGGCGGAGAAGGAGCUGGAGUCUCGGAGCAGCUGGUCUCCACCUGAAUCACUGCAGAAGUGGCUGCAGCUGACUCACGAGGUGGAGGUGCAGUACUACAACAUCAAGAAGCAGAGCGCCGAGCGCCAGCUCCUGGUGGCCAAGGAGGGGGCGGAGAAGAUAAAGAAGAAGAGGAACACCCUGUUUGGGACCUUCCACGUGGCCCACAGUUCCUCGCUGGAUGACGUGGAUCAUAAAAUCCUGACUGCGAAGCAGGCUCUGGGGGAGGUGACGGCCGCCCUGCGGGAGAAGCUCCACCGCUGGCAGCAGAUCGAGAUGCUGACGGGCUUCACCAUCGUCAACAACCCCGGCCUGCCCUCGCUGGCCUCCGCGCUCAACCUGGACCCCAGCUUCAUGGGGGGGCGGAGCCCGCCCCAGCACCUCAUCUUCUCUGACGACAUGGACGACAUGGACGAGGACAUCAUGUCGCCGGGAACACUGCAAUACGCCGCCUGGCAGAUGGACCGGCGAGUGAGCGACCUCUGGCCCAUGUGUUCCGACAGUCUGUCGCCGUGGAAACAGUCCGCCCCCAGCCUGAUGUCCCUGCGGCAGCGGCACGUUGACCCCCAGCUCUCGGGGGGCUCUCAGAGGGACCUGAACCGCUCGGACUCAGACUCCUCCCUCUGCCUCUCCCACUCGGCCGAUCAGCUCCGCCUGGCCGCCUCCUUCGGCUCCCGGGGCCACGCCCCCGUCAGGCCCACCUCCCUCCUGGCCGGCCACGCCCCCAACGGCGGGGCCCGCCUCCCGGAGGGCGGAGCCGACAGCCCGCUGGUGAUGAAGAGGGCGUACGUCAUCGAGAAGUCGGCCAGCCUCGGGGAGAUCAACACCACGCUGGUGGGCCUGUCCCAGUCCGAGUCCUCCCGCUCCCUGAGCCCCGCCUCCACCGAGCUGGACACGCCCUCCCCCGCGGGGGUCGCCCGGGGCAACGGCAGCCGCAUCCCCCAGUUCACCGCCAAGAAGAGCCCCCUGGAGGAGGACAGCGGCUCUACGGGCGAGGACACGGACUCCGCCGCCUCCCGCAAGAAACACACUUUCAAGAUCUUCAAGAAGCAGAAGAAGUGAAGUGACAACCCUGCGCUCUUUUCUGAAAUUAGUUUUUUUAUUAUUUUCGGUCCUUGGUUUAAAAAAAGAAAGUUGAGAUCUAUCUGUUGACCAGUGUGUCACCUGGCACAGUGAUUGAUUGGCAGGUACUUUAUUUUUAUCUUUCAAAUUUCUUUUCGGAGGGAUAACUGCGGGAGCAGUCGGUUAUUUUCGUUUUUCAGGUAUAAAUACUUUGUAGGUGUUUCCUAUUUUUUUUGGCUUUAGGUUAUUUUUUUAAUGACUUUGGUCGUUGGGCCGGAGUGAGGAGAGGUCUGAAUGUAUAGCGCUAUUUAUUCUUCAGGAUACAGUUUCACAGGGGAAUCCUCCCGCGGUCUUUGUGGAUUUUGUAGCUUUAAAUCGGUCGGUUAUUUGCAUGUCCAGGUCUUUGUUUGAUUGACAGUGUUACACUUUUAGGUGUUUGCUUGGUCUGUGCCUCUUUUCCCAGCACGGGAUACAGACACUGUCCUUCUUUUUUUGGGGGGGGAGGGCGGAUGGGGUCCUGCCCUUCCCCCCUCCACACCCCCCUUUUUUGUGCUGACAACAAGGGUCGUACCGUGUGACCAAACGACAGAUCUCACGCAUUUCUCAACAACGCACAAACGCACAGGAGACGCGCGUCCGCGGACGGCCGCUGACGGCGGCGCUGGGGUCUCACAGACGUCCCGCGCGCGGUCGACCUCCGGGCCCCGCGGACCCCCGUACGGGGCACAGAGGAGCCGAAAUCAUUCCCGUUUACUCUCUACUCCUGUCUAUGCAUGCCUGGGAAGAGAUCACUGCAACUCCACCGAGCAGCAGGAACCGUCUCAGCUCUGCAUGUGGGACGGUCUGGAACUCCUGUUAGUUUACAGAGAGGAGCUUCUGCUCUUUGGUCCACAGUCGCAGGACUUCUGGGAUACGUGCAGCUCAAUGCUGAAGGAUGCUGGAGGACCCCCCUUAAUCUUCCUUUCAGACCAAAAUUUUACAGAGAAAUGUGUGUGCCAUCCCAGAAUGCCCUGGGGCAAUGAUGAGUGGUAUCCCAGAAUGCCCUGUGGCAAUCAAUCCCAGAAUGCCCGGGGGCGAUAACUGAUGUGACGGAAUGCCAUGAGGAAAUGGGAGACCUCCCAGAAUGCCCUGGGUGCUGUCUCAGAAUGCCAGAAUGCCAAAUGUUUGCUAUCCCAGAAUGCCCUGGGUGAUGGGCCCCUUUAUUCAUAAAUCAUCAGAGCGAUGGAGCCGAUGCUGGAACAGCACUCCUGCUGUCAGACCCUUUGUGAAUACAGGUAGAGUUCUGUGCCUUUUGGAAUGGGUGGGUCGACCGCCUCCCGGAAUCCCGGCUCGGGACCGAAGGACUAUGCAGGGGUGUGGCGUUCGGUCCGCCGGAGGGGCCCAAACUGUGGAGAGCAGCGCACCUUUAAGCACCUGGGCUGAUUAGCUAACGCAACCCAGGUGCGCGUGCUCUCUCCACCAGCCGGCGCAGCCGAGACCAAUCCGCCUCUCAGGUGGACCGAAUGCCUCAAGGUGUAACCCACCAAUCACAGAACACGGUGUAACCCACCAAUCACAGAACACGGUUUGUUUCUGGUUUUUCCCAGGAUGAGGUUGGUAACAUUACCUUCAAAAAAAAAAAAAAAUUGUGAGUUUAAAGAGAGAAGGUUGUUUUUUUUUUUUGUUGUUUUUUUUGAAGCAUCGGCCGUUUAUAUUUAUAUAAACAUUUAAAAAGUGAAUUUGUAUGACUUUGUUUUGCACGAUGACGCUUUGAUUGGAUACUGCUGUCAGACAGUGUAUCGUCUGUCUGUCUGUCCGUCUGUCCUUCCCCCGCUGGUGUACUAUGAUCCUCUCCACAGUCUAUGCAUGCCACCUGAUGCCACUCCCAGAUGGCAGAAUUAUAGGGGCAAGGGGGGAAUAAAAAACAACAAACUCUUUUUUUCCUUUUUAGCUUUUACUCUAUCUUUGUACAAAUUUCAUUUUAUUUUUUUUUUGCAUCUUCUGUGGUGUUGUGAGACUGAAAGUCUCCAGGACACUCCUGCAUGACCAGCAAUAAAAAGUAUUUUGAACGAAAAAA